AUGGGCGCAGAACUAUCACUGUUGGCUCCUACGGCUCAACCAAUUGCUCUAUCAGCCUAUGUGGAUUUCCUCAGCAACAUUCAAUACAAUAAACCACUGGGGACCUCUCGUUUCCUAAAAACAGUGAAGGGCCUCAACGAUCAAGGGAGCAUUGUUGUCAAAGUCCUCGUUAAACCUAAUAGCGGCUUGGAUCUUAGUGAAUGGGUAGAAAAGUUGGAAUUCUUACGACUGAAGCUGCUUGAUGUACCAAACGUGAUACCAUAUAACUUGGUCAUCGAUAGCGUAAGGGCAGGAUACCUCAUUCGACCAUUUCAGCAGAGAACUUUAUAUGAAAGAGUUAGCAUUCAGCCAUACUUGGAACCCAUUGAAAAGAAAUGGAUAGCUUUCCAAUUAAUACAUGCAGUAAUGGAAUGUCAUGAAAGGGGGCAAUAUCACGGAGAUAUCAAAAGUGAGAAUGUGUUACUUACUUCUUGGGACAUGGUGUUUUUGACAGAUUUUGCUCCGUUCAAACCCAUUUAUCUCCCUGGAAAUAAUCCGAGUCAAUUCUCUUUUUACUUUGAUACAAGUAGAAGGAACGUUUGCUAUGUGGCUCCCGAGAGGUUUUUGGGUGAAGGGACUCCAACACAGUAUCAAGAAGUUGACAAAUUAACAAGUUCGAUGGAUAUAUUCAGCCUGGGGUGUACUGUUGCCGAACUUUUUCUGGAAGGUUCGGUCCUGUUUACAUUGCCUCAGUUGUUCAAGUACAAAAAAGGUGAAUAUACUCCAAGCUUGAGUGGGAUUGUCGAUAAUGACUUACGCAACAUGAUUCAAGAAAUGAUAGAUUUGGAUCCAAGAAAGAGAAUUAGUGCACACGAUUGUUUGAGAAAACAUAGGGGAAAAGUCUUCCCUGAGUACUUCUAUUCCUUCCUAUAUGAUUACAUGCUAGAAUUGAGUACUCCAUCCGAUCACUCUGUGGGAAACUGGCGAUUUGACGAAUGUGACCGUCGAAUCGAACGCAUCUACAACGAUAUGGGUAUGAUAUGUGACAAACUGGAUGUCAACCUUGACCUAAACAUAGUACAUUCUUUCACAGAAGAGCCCUCUCAGAAUGUGAUUCCAAUGACGCUUCGGCUUCCAGGAGUUGAACCACAUAUCCCACAGUCUUCAAAAACUCCUUAUGAUUCUGCUUUAAUCAUACUAAAUAUCCUGCUUCAUUCAAUGAGAAACACAACACACUCUUCUUAUAGAAUCAAGUCAUGUGAUUUGAUUUUGAUGAUAUCUGAGAUGUUGUCUGAUGAACAGAAACUAGAUCGUUGCUUACCGUAUUUGGUUCACUUACUAAAUGAUCCUUCCAUUGAUGUACAAGCGGCCGCAUUGAAGUACAUGACACAAUUACUGUUGUUGGUGGACUAUUUGACACCGGUUAAUGUGUUGAUCUUCCCCGAGUACAUUCUUCCCAAACUAGCUUCUUUUCUCUCCACUACUAAAGGCUCAUACAUGAGAAUGAUUUUUGCUACAAUUUUACCCCAUUUAGCAAAGACUGCCCUCAAGUUUUAUGAAAUGGCCAUCCUAUUGGGGAGUCAUGUUGAAAAGUUUGAGCUCUUAAAGAAUUUUGAGAACCUCACAAUCCAGUUGCUGAUCGAUCCCGAUUCAUCAGCCAAGAUCUCUUUGCUUAAGAAUAUAUUGCCUUUGGCCUCUGUUUUUGGUAAAGAUAAAACAAACGACAUCAUACUUAGCCAUAUGAUUACCUACCUCAACGACCCUGAUGAAAACCUGAGGGUGGCUUUCAUAGAGAGUAUCCUAGGGCUUUCAAUAUUUGUUGGAAUAACUAGUCUGGAAAACUACAUUCUUCCACUACUUGUUCAGACCCUAACCGAUAACAGUGAAAUUGUGGUUGUUAAUGUUCUCCGUUCAUUUGCAGAGCUGAAUAACUUGGGACUAAUCAAAAAAAGAUAUAAGUUUGACCUAAUAAAAGUCUCUUCAAAACUUUUAUUACAUCCAAAUUCUUGGAUUCGCUUAGGUACUUUGAGAUUGCUGAUUAGUGUAGUCAAGGAUUUGUCCUUGACUGAUUUCUACUGCCUGCUUUAUCCCCUUGUUCGUCCGUUUUUUGAGUAUGAGGUCACCAACUUUGACUGGGCCACGUUGUAUCCCUGCAUCAUUAAACCUAUUCCAAGGUCAAUAUACACUCUCUCCAUUACUUGGGCUCUAAAAGCUGAAAAGACUCUCUUUUGGCAGCAAGUGAAGUUGGCCAAACCUGACCCUUUUGGGAGUCGGAAUAGCACAUUCUUACUAAACAGAAACUCAAAGAUUGGGGAAUCGGGAGUAGUCUCUAACAAUCAGAUACCAACUUCUCCAGAAGAUAUCGGCUGGUUGGGGAAGCUGAAGGCAUCGGGGUUUGAUGAAAAGGAUUUAUGGAAGAUUGCCACCCUACGAGAUUACAUUUUCCGUGUGGCAAGAUCAAGAUCCAAUAUCCCGACUCAGGAAAACAACGAAGUCACCAUGCAGCAGAUGGGAAUUUAUCCACGUAUUGUAUUUUUUGAAAAGGGAUCCAUGUAUGAAACUGAAGGGUUUGUAACUGGAUCCUCAAUGAUGGCAAACUAUCGAAUUCUAGUUAAUUCAGAGUAUUCUCCAGAAAGCUUGACGAAACGAAAGACGGUAGGUGGAGUUAACACUAAUCAUACUUAUAGCGGUGCAAAUCCUUACAUUCUAAAAUUUUUGGAAUGUAUUAAGUUCAGGCACGUUCUGGAUGAUUCCGAAGAAUUUGGGCCCAGUAUACCGUCGGCAACUGUAGAGGAAGGCCAUUGGAAGUUUGAAGGAGUGCUUGUUAGCCAUCUCACAGAACAUACGGGAAGCAUUACUUCGUUGGCGCUUUCACCGGAUCAACAGUAUUUUCUUACAGGUGAUAGCAAAGGUAUAAUUAGAUUAUGGGAUGUUCUUCAGUUAGAAAGAAAUGGGUAUGCAACUUCCCACGUCACUGUCUCCAUGAGUUCCUCGGUGAAGGAUAUAAAGUUCAUAGAAAACCGAAAUAGUUUCUGUGCUGUCACUGCAGAUGGAGAAAUCAAAAUUUUCAGGGUUGAAAUUAAUAGCACAUCGAGCUCAGUGAGAUCAAAUGGUAGCCCUCAUAGACAUGAAUCGAUAAGUUUAUUGCGAGAACAUAGCCUCGAGGGGGAGCAUAUAAGUGACAUGAAAUUUAUUGGUCCAAACUUAGCAGUUACUACUUUGUCUUGCAAACUCAUACUCUUUGAUUUGAGAGAUAUGCAAAUUGCUGAAGAGAUUCAAAAUCCAGUCUCACACGGAUUCAUUACAUCUUUUGACUUAGACUCCUCGCAGAGUUGGCUACUGAUUGGUACAUCCAAAGGUAUUUUGGACUUCUAUGAUCUGAGAUUUGAACUUUUGGUCAAAUCAUGGAAGCUUAAAUCAACCAGCUAUCCCAUAAAGCACAUCACUGUUCCUCCGGCUGGGUUUACUUGUAAUAGAAAAUCAGAGCGAUUUGCUUUGAUAAACGGAGGAACUAAUGAUUCAGUUACUAUUGUUUUUGAUGUUUCCAAAGGACAAUGUUCAGAACUCUAUUUUACUGAAACUGUGAAUUUAAACACUGCCAUUGACAACUAUGAGGUAUUGGAAGUUGAUAAUGGUGAGGAACGAACCCGAACUUCUGUGCUGGCUACAGAAGUUGAGGACCGCUCAAUAACCAGUUUGACAAUGCUAGGCUCAAACCAAUUUUUGACGGCAACUUUUGAUAAAAGAGUCAUUCUCUGGGACACUGGUAACAAAGCGAAUUCUUCCGCUCUCAUUUCCAAGUUAGAUGAUUUCACUUCCAGUUUUUCAUCUGUACAGGUCAGACCUCAUCUUAUGGCUAUAAACGAAAAAAUAGUGGAAAAAGAUCCCCAAAAUAUUGGAGGGCCAAAACGUAAUAUGGCCAGUGCUAAUUCCUCUACCUUUGAUCUACACUCAGACAUCAUCACUGGAAUCGCUGUCAUUCAAAAGCCUCUCAAGAUGCUCAUACUGGUAGACAGGGCUGGAGUAAUAAAUAUUUAUAAGUAG